AUGCGCUUCAUACUUCCUUUGCUCGCUACUCUCGCAGCGGCUGCACCAGCAGGUGUCUUUGAGAGCGAUAAGCUCUUGACUAUUGACAAGGAUGGUAAAGACAGCUCCUACGAUGUCAACAAGCGCAGCCAUUUUGUGGCGGACCCUUUGCUCCAAAUCUCCGAGGACGACUCUGCCAGCUCAUACCAGCGCAGCAACUUCAAGGCAGACCCUUUGCUAGAAAUCUCGGACGACCCCAAUGCUUCAUCGUACAACUAG